UUCUUUCUAUAUCGUCUAUAUCGUUAACCCAUGGAUAUACGGGCCACAUGUAGGUCACUCGAGUGCGUUGUACUUGUUCUUUUAUUAUUCGGUCGAGUUGUUUGCGUAAGGAGUCAAUGGAAGUGGAACACUCUAUUGAAUAACACGGGUGUUGUCGCUAUGCACAUGGCGGUCACCCACGACAACAAAGUUAUCAUAUUCGAUCAAACCGAUGCGGGUCCGUCUCAUUACCGGCUCCGUAAUUGUAAAACUCGUUGGUCGGGGGAUUCGUCAUGUUACGCACACUCUGUAGAGUAUAGUAUUAUGAGGAACAAAGUUCGGGCUCUACAUCUUGAAACCGAUACAUGGUGCUCAUCGGGCUCGUUCUUGAGCAACGGAAGCCUCCUUCAAGCGGGCGGUAAUGGGUUGGGUUCGAGGAGAGUCCGGUAUUAUAUGCCGUGUGCUAAUAGCCGAUGUGAUUGGUUGGAAUUUAGGAACCAGUUGUCGGUUAGACGAUGGUAUUCUUCUAGUCUAUAUCUCCCACAGGAAAACGGCGUUAUAGUUGUCGGGGGACGAUCGGAGUUCAGCUACGAGUUCGUCCCAAAGUCCUCGGGCUCGAGUGACCCAUACGAACUCCCGUUUUUGCACCGUACGUACGAAAGGCACUCAAAAGGGAACAAUCUGUACCCUUUCUUACACUUGUCAACCGAUGGACAUUUGUUCAUUUUCGCCAACCGGGAUUCGAUUCUUUUCGAUUAUAAACAACGGAAAGUAGUGAAGACGUUUCCGACGAUUCCGGGAAACGGGGGCCGAAGUUACCCGAGCUCUGGAUCUUCGGUAAUCCUUCCUUUAGACCACAAAGACAAUUUCACUAAAGUUGAAGUCAUGGUUUGUGGGGGUGCGGCCCGGGGAUCUUAUCGUGCGGCUCAGCGCGGCAUAUACCUGACCGCUUUAAGAUCGUGUGGGAGAAUGGUCAUCACCGGAAACCACCACCGUUGGCAGAUGGAAGACAUGCCCGGACCAAGGGUCAUGGGCGACAUGUUAACGUUACCAACCGGGGACAUUCUAAUCAUCAACGGUGCAAAACGGGGUUGCGCGGGAUGGGAGAGUGCAUCACAUCCCUCUUUCAAACCGUAUCUUUACCGACCGAACCGCAAUGCCAGCCAACGGUUCGAGGUUCUAAGGUCCACUAAAAUAGCCCGUUUGUACCAUUCAUCCGCGGUGUUAUUACCCGACGGUCGGAUCUUGGUAGCCGGUGGAAACCCGAAUAACGAGUACAUUUCAUACGGGGUGGCUCACCCGACCGAGCUAAGGCUACAAGCCUUAGUCCCGGAUUACAUGAACACCCGGUUCGACCAUCUUCGGCCCAAAAACUUGACCAUCACGUACCCGCAAGAUCCAACCGGGGUAGCAAACGGGAACACAUUCGGUGUUACUUUUCGGCUCGAGGCGAGAUUGAUCAGUAACAUAAGCGUAGUGGCGUAUGCACCGCCGUUUACCACACACUCGUUAUCGAUGAAUCAACGAAUGGUGAGACUCGAGUGUUUGAGCAUGGAUACGGAUGGUGUUGGUGAUGUGGUGGCGACGGUGGUGGCUCCGCCUUCGAUAUACGUGGCGCCACCGGGUUACUAUAUGUUAACGGUGGUUAAUGGUGGGAUUCCAAGUAGAUCAGUGUGGUUUAGGAUCAUGUAGAUUGUAGGUAAAAUGUUGCUAACUUGUUACCAAAACGAAGGAGUUUUUAUGAUCAUGUUAAAUAUUAGCAUUGUA